AUGACCACCUCCUCUAGCGUCCUAAGAUGUAUAGAGGAGGGAAGAUUUGUUUGGCAGUGCACUUCAAGCCACUAUGGGCGAAGAAUUGUUUUGGGGUUGCAGAUGUAUAGAGGAGGGAAGAUUUGUUUGACAGUGCACUUCAAGCCACUGUGGGUGAAGAAUUGUCCUAGAUUUGGCAUAGAACAUGCUCUUUGUUUGGGUCUUGAACUUCUGGGAUAUUGCGUGUUUGUGUAA